AUGGCGCUGCGCACCGUUGCCGCGAAGCUGAAGGCCCCCGUCGCCUCUCUCAAGCAGGCCUGGGCGGUCUGCCGUCCUCAGUUGCCCCCGACGACGCCGACCUCCUUGACCCUGCAAGGCUGCCCCGCCGCCGUCGCCGUCGCCCGUGCCCGCAAGCCCACGACGAAGUCGUCCGCCGCCCCCGAGCCCACGCCGACGCCGUCUGCCACCCACGGCGUCGCCCUCUGCCACCCCCGAGCACGCCCGGCCGCGCCCCUGCGCCACGACCCGCCCCCAACGUCGCUGUCGUCGCCGGCCACGCCCCUGCCCCGGCCCGCGCCCCCCACCGUGGCCGUCGCCGACGCCCUCACUGCCCACGCCGUCACCCUCGCCUGCCGCCCCCGAUGGAAGUGUCGUUGGACGGAGGAGCAAAUUGAAAUACCCGUCAAGAAUCUUCAGAAGUGUAUCGCCGCAGCGCAGCAAGGGACGAUUGUUCCCGACAGAGAGAAUGAUGAGCUCACCGAGGCCCUCGGGAAUCCUGAGCACCCUUGA